GUGCUGAGCAACCCUGGCACUGAAAGGGAAGGAGAGAGCGAGAACAGAGGAGGAAGAAAAGGGGGAGUGACGAGAGCAUGCACUUUUAGAAGAAGCAGCUCGAUACAUUUCUGGAAGUCAAAGGGACUUAAGCAGUUUUUCAAAGUCCUUUUCUUCUUGGAACCAUCCAUUUCUUGAAUGAGUGCGACUAGUGUGCUCAGGUCUUUCAGUCCAUCAGCAAUGCCUGGUCCAGUCAUGCCCAUAGACGUGGCUAUGAGGUUCUACAUUAGCCACUCUCCCCCGCCUCUCCGCGGUUUCCUGAGCUCCUAUGAGGAUCUGCAAAAGGCCAAGAACCGGGUCAAUCAGACGAACACCUACAGCCAGAAGCAGCAACUCUACAAACCCCUGCGGCCCUGCCUCAGCAACCAGCAGAAAGCCGUGGAUGAUGGCAGCUGCGGGGGCUGGAACAACAACAAGGCCGGCAAAAAGAAAGUGGUGUUCGCAGACAUGAAGGGAAUGUCACUCACAGCCAUCCAUGUCUUCUCAAAGUUUGACGAUGAGCCAUAUCGGAACAAGCGUUGUGGGGGAAUUGCAGAGGACCUGCAGUUUGACAUGAUAGACCUGGAAGCAGCCACAAUGGAUCUAAAGAUCAGCGCAGUGCGUAGCCUGGUGCUGGACUUUAAACAGCCCUCAGCAGACUACCUGGAUUUCCGGAACCGCCUGAUUAAGAAUUCAGUGUGCUUGGAGAACUGCUCACUUCAGGAGCGCUCGUUGACCGGAACCAUAAAAGUCAGAAACAUUGGAUUUGAGAAGUCGGUGCAGCUGCGCACCACGUUCGAUUCUUGGGUCAGCUUCACCGACAUUGAAUGCACCUUCAUGAAUAACGUCUACAGCUGCCAGGACACUGACACCUUUGCAUUCGUCCUGGAGCUGCCCACUCACAUCCCACCACAGAAUCGGAUCGAGUUCUGCAUCUGCUUCAAAGUCCAGGACCAGAUCUUUUGGGACAACAAUGAUGGCAAGAACUAUGUUCUCAAGCGAGUUGGCUGGAAUGGAGAGGAGCUGAACAUUGCGAACCCCCAAAACUCUGCUGAGCAGAAGAAACCAUCGGAGCACAAAAAUGGGGGUGUGAAGGUGCUGGAGAUGGAGUUUGAUCAGUUUGGCAGCCCACGCAUGUCCAGCGGACUCUUCCCUGGCUGGCAGAGCUGGGGUCAGAUCGAUAACGCUGUGCCCUAUUGGUGAAAAUACAAGGAUGUUUGCUGAAACAGUACCGAAGUAAGAUAACAGAAAUUGACAGGGCAUUCAGUACGAAUCUAGCUGUGGUUUUCAGCUUAGACUGGCCCUCAGCCAGAAGCCAGGCUGAAGCAAACAACCUCUGCUUUUUUGGCAGGGGUAGUCCACAAACCAGACAGAAACCCAGCUGUAAUGUGUUCAACUGACCUGCUUUUUGCUGUAACACGGUUCUUUGGCCUGAGAGACUCGAUGAUCUGUGGUUUGGGGACGGAGGAUGCAUGGGGGACAUUUUUUUUUCAUGAUAUACAUAUUCCUCUUUUGUAAAAUAUCAAAGUGCCUUGUCAGAGUGCCUGUCCACGGAAACACAGACUAAUUGUAAAUGAUGCACUGAUUGAGAUGUCCCUCUCAAUGUGAUGUCUGUAAACUGAAGAAGUGGAGAUGGAGCUGAUUAAGUCCUUCAUAUUGAAGGGAAAGUACAGGGAGUGCAAGGCGAAAAAAUGCUUCUCUACUAAAAGGAAUGUAGCUGAUAUAUUUCAAAUAAAAAUGCACACUAAACUUUUGCACCUUCAAAGCAGAAAAUAAUUCAACAUGAUUCAAAAUGGCCUUAAUUUUUUUUAAAUUUGAGUCAUGCAGCCCUUUCUUUCCCUCCGUGUAAAUUGCACAUGUUUAUCAGAUGAAUUGUGUUUGGCUGAUUGAAGUGUUUUAAGGAACUGAGCUGCUAUCAACAGAAGUGUCAAAAGAGAGACUCUGCAUGUGAUUGGUUGUCUUGAACAGGGAAGAAGUUUGGAAAUGUCUGUGGUUACGGUAUGUAAAAAAAAAAAGGAAUGAUGAAAAGAUUGGAUGUUUUGUAUUUGCUUGUUCUCACGAGUGCAAUUGUGUGAUGGUUGUACAGUAUGUGUGGCUGGAAUUGAAAGAUUUUUUCGUUGUGAAGAAAGGUCUGUGCCCAAGAACUUUUGUGUUCACUUGAAGGUGUGCGUUGCUGACACGCAGUGUCAGUGCUGUAUUUCCCUUUCUGAAAUAAAUUUCUAUAUUUGUGCAAAAAUA